AUGCACCAGGAGAGGAAUGGCUUGCGGGAGAACACCGAGUACCACAUCGUGCUGAAUGCGGAAAUCCAGUUCUUCAAUAUGGGCGACCAGCUUGUGGAUAUCUACGCCAUGUGUGCGGGCUUCACCGGCUGCUCGAGGCCCUACCAGGUCUUCGAGAAGGGCACAGCCACAGCCUCACGUGCUACGGAGAUCGGAGCUACGGCCGCAGAGCCGCAGUUUUCACUCACGGAUGGCUUCUUGAUUCAGCGCGGAGAUCCUCUGGAUGGGGUGCUCAACCUGUCGAACCUGAACAUUCUGCAGGACUGA